GCGUAAAUUUUGUUUCUACUUCCUGUUUACCUCACCACAUGGUGAAGAAAAAAGCAGCAAGAUGAAGUUGAUCACCCAUAAUAUGUUGACUUCCAACAUAAUAAAAAGCGUAUCGAAUGGAUAUCCGUUGGCAAUUGUACCCAAACAAGUAGAAGUAAAAACUGUUGAUUUCAACCCAGAAUUUAUCACACGGAUGUUGCCUAAAAUUGACUGGUCAGCACUGUAUCAGGCUGCACAAUCAGUCGGUCAUGGAGAUGGCUUACCAGAGACACUCAAAGAAAAUUACGAAGAGGAUGAAGGGUUACUUCAGAAAGUGCACCAUGUUCUGAUGCAGGUUGAAGUGAUAGAAGGAAAUCUAGUCUGUCCUGAAUCUGGUCGUGAGUUCCCCAUCAGCUCUGGAAUUCCAAACAUGUUAUUGAACGAGGAUGAAGUUUAAAUCUUGGAUAUAAUUUCUUAAACAAAUCAUUUCAUUAAUUGAAGACUACGAAAUGUUUCUGUGGAAGACACAUAUCUCAACAAAAGUAUGAAUAUGUAUUACAUUGUUGUACCAACAAACAAUGAUACUGUUGCAUUAAUUGAUGACCGAGGACACAUUUAUGUAUACAGUUGAGUUCAGCAGGGUACUGUCAAGUUCAAGGUUACAUUUUUUAGGUAAACAUUUACAAGUUUAAACAACAUGUAUCAAAAGACAAGAGUUAAGUGAUGGGGGUAUAUUUAUAACCUUUUGAUACAUGUAUACUAGUAUAGGGCUAUAAAGUCUGAACUGGUUGAGUUUUUGUGUUAAUUUCAUCCCUGGUAUUUGUACACAGUAUCUCAAUGAUUACUGGUAUAUUGUAUGCCAUACGUAUCUGAAAUAUUUACUUGCACAUGAGCAUUAUAUCUCUGCCUAACUGUGCAUGUACAUUAUAUAUGUGUUAAGUGUUAUGUGAAUAUACAUAUUGAAAGAGAGUGUGUAUGUAAUGAAUGUCAUGGAAUACCUGUAAAAUAAAACAGUUUGAUGUUUGAUCA